AUAUCAAAUUGUCUGAACGAAAGGCUGCCGUAUGGAGGAGGGGAACAGCUGAAAUUUCUCCAAAAAUACCAAUCCGCCUUCCAUGUUCUCGUCGCUGCCUCCGUCUGACGGCUCGAAGCUCCCUCCAGUUCCGAUCUAAACCCGCCGAAACCCUAAUCCCCAUGGCUGCCGCCAUGGGCAACCCCAUCCUGACCCUCCCCGCACCGGAGGGCAACGGCACCGGGGGCGGCGACGCCGACCAGCAGCUGCAGCAGGCGCCGCCUAAGCCGCCUCCUCCCGGCGCGAAGACGGACCCCCCGGCGACGGUGGCCACCCACACGCGCACCAUCGGCAUCAUCCACCCUCCGCCCGACAUCCGCGUCAUCAUCGAGAAGACGGCUACCUUCGUCGCCAAGAACGGGCCCGAGUUCGAGCGCCGCAUCAUCUCCCUCAACCAGGGCAACGCCAAAUUCAACUUCCUGCAGCCCUCGGAUCCCUACCACGCCUACUACCAGCACCGCGUUUCCGAGAUAGCCGCUGCGCCGCCCGGCGCGGACGGCCCCUCGGGCGCCGAUACUGGCGCGGCUCCCGACGAAUCGCCAGCGUCGGCCCCGGCCGACGGCGCCGCCGCCGCACCCGUAGAUGGCGCUGCUGCGGACGCAAAGGCCGAUCACUCCGCGCCCUUCCGCGUGGGGCCGCCGCCCAAGGUGCUGGUGCCACCCAAGGCUGAGCUGUACACGGUGCGGCUGCCCGAGGGUAUCACAGGGGAGGAGCUGGACAUCAUCAAGCUGACCGCCCAAUUUGUGGCGCGGAACGGGAAGAACUUCCUGACGAGCCUGGCGCAACGCGAGAGCAACAACAUGCAGUUCCACUUCAUCCGACCCACGCACAGCAUGUUCCCCUUCUUUACGGCCCUCACAGAUGCGUACUCCAGGGUGCUGAGGCCGGCAGAGGGGGUGCCUGCAUUGCUAAAAGAGCUGAGGGAGGGGUCAAAGGACCUGACUACAGUGUUGGAGAGAUGCUUGAACCGGUUAGAGUGGGAUCGGUCGCAGGAGCAGGCAAGGCAGCAGGCAGAGGAUGAGGUUGAGCAGGAACGGAUGCAGAUGUCAAUGAUUGACUGGCAUGAUUUUGUUGUUGUGGAGACCAUUGAAUUUGCAGAUGAUGAGUAUGAGGGGCUUCCUGUGCCACUUACACUGGAGGAGUUGAAGCGCCAGAAGAGGAUGGAGAACUUGGGAGAGGAGGAAGCGAUGGAUUUGACUGAACCUUCUAAGGAGGUUGAGAUGGAAAUGGAUGAAGAGGAGAUGCAACUUGUUGAGGAAGGAAUGCGGGCAGCACGGCUUGAGGAGAAUGAUGGAGCAGCACAAGUUAGCUUGCCGGGUGAUGACGAGGCACCUAUGAGGAUUGUCAAGAACUACAAGAGGCCUGAGGAGAGGAUUCCGGCAGAGAGAGACCCAACUAAGUUUGUUGUCUCGCCAAUAACUGGGGAACUCAUUCCGAUCAGCGAGAUGGAGGAACACAUGCGCAUCUCACUCAUUGACCCUAAGUACAAGGAGCAGAAAGAGAGGAUGUUAGCCAAGAUCAAGGAGACUACCCUUGCACCUGAUGAUGAAAUAUCACGGAACAUUGUUGGCCUUGCUCGCACUCGCCCUGAUAUUUUUGGAACCACUGAGGAGGAGGUGUCUAACGCCGUCAAGGCAGAAAUUGAGAAGAAAAAGGAUGAACAGCCAAAGCAGGUUAUUUGGGAUGGUCAUUCUGGUAGCAUUGGACGCACUGCUACUCAUGCAUUAUCUCAGCCUCAGGGUGGUGAGGAACAGUUUGAUGCUACGAAUGUUGAUGGGAGGCCUGUUCCUGGUCCAGCUCCACUUGUCCGACCUGGCAUGCCGUUGCCUCGACCUCCUCAGCCACUUCCUCUUGUUAAUGUUCCUCGUUUUAUCGCUCCACCAGCACCAUACUCUGUUCCACCCCCAGGUUCUCAUAUGCCUGGAGUUCCACACAUGAUGCCUCACAUGCAUCUGCCUCCACAGCAGAUACCUGGCCAGCCGCCGAUGGUUAGGAUGCCAGGUCAAAUGGUUCAUAUGCCAACCAGCAUUCCUCCGCCUCCUGGCCAAACUCAGUUUAUGCCUGGUCCACCACGCACAUUUGCUAUGCCCCCAUCAUCGCACAUGCCACCCAUGAUCAAUCCCAUUGGAAUCCCUCAGCCUCCAGCACCGCCUCUGCCUCCACAGCCUCCUGCUGAAGAGCAACCACCUCCACCCGAUGAACCAGAACCUAAGAGGCAGAGAACAGAUGAUGCUUCUCUCAUCCCAGCAGAGCAGUACCUUGUUCAGCAUCCGGGUCCUGCUAGCAUCUCUGUAUCUGUACCCAACCUUGAUGAAGGGAACUUGCGAGGCCAAAUUUUGCAGAUUCCUGUCCAAUCACUGUCAGACACAGUUGGUAGUCUGAAGGAGCAAAUUGCUGGAGAGUUGCAACUCCCUGCUAAUAAGCAGAAGUUGAGUGUGAGGACUAGUUUCCUCAAAGACAACCUUACUCUUGCUUACUACAAUGUGGGUCCUGGAGUGGUGAUCAAUCUAACACUGAGGGAGCGUGGUGGGAGAAAGAAAUGAGUCUUUUGGUUCUCAGUUGGCAGUUUAAUGCUUACAACUAUAAUUCAGCAGCUAUCAUGGAGAACCAAUUCUUCUGUACAAUGUCGAUGACAGUACUAUUUGUUUGGUGGUUAUUUUGAAAGGGCAUCCAUUGCGUCACAGCUGAAGUAGGAGUUUUUUUUGUAUACGCUGAAAUAUCUGAAGUCAUUGGCAUACGUACCUGUUUUUUUGGUAUGGUGCUGCAUGCAACUUUCCAGUAUACGGACUGUUAAUUCAUUCCCAUGGCAUUAUGUUCCUUUAUCCUUACUUUUGUUGGUAUUGUGGUAGCAGUGCACAGGUUAGAUUUGAUCUUAGUUUGAAAUGUAUCUACUUUAGAUUUGGCUUUCAAUUGCCCCAAUUUUUCUCUAUAUUAUUUUUGAAGCGCGUAGACGCCGUUAAGAUUAAUGUAAUCUCUUCCCACAGAUCAAGCAAGAUAUGAUUCUGUGUGGAUCACUAGAGUUAGUUACUAGUUGUGGCUAAAAAAAUAGUUCAAAUCAGCUAGAGACAGACUAGUUAAAGACUGCUAUAAAAUACUCCCUCCGUUCUUUUUUAUUUAUCGCGUUUUAGUUUAAAAAUGAACUAGUCGGCGACAAUUAUUCGAGAACGGAGGUAGUAGCUUUUUAACUGUCUUCCUGAUUGAGUGGCUAGGCUAAUUUUAGCUAAAAAUAGUUUUUUACUUAUUGACACUUUCUGUUUAAAUGCACUAUGCCAAUUUUAGCUAUCUAACCAUGAGUUGUAUCAAAUAGACCCACAGACUAGUCACUAAGCAUUAAAUUUAUUCAUUUGUUUAAUAUAAUGUCCCAUGUAAUCACCGAACGGUCGAUCAUUCUAUUUUUUAUGUUCUUGAUCUGUUUACAUGUAGGGUCUGUUUGGACCCCUCUUAAGCUAAAGCAAAGGGACUAAAAUUUAGUCAUUUUAGGAGCUAAAGUACCAAAGCUAAAAGUGCCUAAAAUAUUACGGACCCCUCAGCUCACUCAAGGAGAAGUUAAGGCUCGCACUUCAAAAAUUUCAGGUCUAUUUUAACUUCUUCUAUAAACAGGUUCAGCUCCACAAGCUCUAUUUAAAAAAAAAACUAGAGGUCAAUUUCAUGAUAUUUUUGAAGCUAGUGCUUUAAAAAUACUGUUUUUAUACCUUCUCAUGAAGUUGCAUAAAAAUUACACACCAUGUCAUUGGUUACAUGAUUUAUCGAUUCAUGUCUUUUUCUCCACCUGCCAAUCAUCAAUGGUAAUUAAGGAAAAUUACACAAAUUAAUUGUAUUAUAGAAGAUAGAGUUUAUGCAUAAGUCAAACACUAUUGAACCCUGUCUUAUCAAUUUGUUGAAGUUGUUUCACAGUGAAGGUAGAAAAUCGAAGUUGUCAUUUUUAAAGUGAAGGCCUCCCAAACAGUGCCUAAAACUCGCUAUACUCCUCACCCCUCGGGUAACCCAUCUCGAAAGGUGCCCUUUUCUCAUAUUUGCAAAUGGACAACGGAAGCAUAAUUGCAGAUGAUGGAUGGUGGAAGAAGUGUACUCAUGUAUUCAUUUUAUUAUUGUUUGUAGUUCUGGUGCUGUACAAAUGAUUAAUACUUCUGUAUUUGUCAAGUUCAUUGUUUUGUGUCAUAGAAAAAGUAUUCGGACUGCAAGAAAUUUAAAUACGACCUGCCUUCUUAUAUUGAACAA